AUGUUACGUGUAGGAUUGUUAGUAGUAGCCACAUGUGUCUCUCUGGCUGUAGCCAGGAGAUCACCCAACGCUGACACUGUGGAAAAAUGGGUAAAAGACGUAAACGCGCGUUUUUCGGACAAUGUACUCGAAGACGCACUUCUUGAUGUGCCAGAUCUCAUCAGAAAAUAUCGUUACCCAGUCGAAGUGCACUCAGUGACGACAGAAGAUGGCUACAUAUUGGAGAUGCACCGCAUUCCUCACGGCCGUGACGCUAACAAUGUACCGAAUCAAAGGAAACCUGUGGUGUUUCUUAUGCACGGAAUGCUUGUUUCAUCUGCUGACUAUGUUAUUUUCGGUCCAGGCCGAGCUUUGGCUUAUGUCCUUGCUGAGGAAGGAUACGACGUGUGGAUGGGCAACGCUCGCGGUAACUACUACUCUCGUAAGCAUGUCAGACUCAACCCUGACGCUUUACUGAGCACAGCAUUCUGGAAAUUCUCUUGGGAAGAAAUCGGCAGUAAGGACCUACCAGCCAUGAUUGACUAUGCAUUGGCUGUGUCUGGAGAAAAGGGGCUUCACUACAUCGGUCACUCGCAGGGCACGACGUCCUACUUUGUUUUCGGUGCCAUGCGACCGGAGUACAAUUCUAAAAUUAUCUCAAUGCACGCAAUGGCACCAGUAGCUUAUAUGGCUCACAACCAGAGCCCCAUUCUUAACUUCAUAUCACCACAUGCAAACAGAAUUGAAAGCCUUGCAUCGUUAAUCGGUAUUGGCGAGUUCCUGCCUAGCAAUGAGUUUACUCAACAACUUGGUUCCAAAUACUGUAACGACGAUGCUUUAACUCAACCUAUAUGUAGUGCUGUAAUCAUGAUAAUGGGAGGAUGGAACGUAGAGCAGCAUAAUGCGACCAUGUUGCCGGUCAUUAUGGGACACGCACCAGCUGGUAUAUCUGUGAGACAGCUGGCUCACUACGGCCAAGGAAUAGCUGCCGGUCAUUUCCGUCGCUACGACCAAGGAUCCCGAUUAGCAAACUACAGAGCUUAUGGAUCCUUCACGCCUCCGCCUUACGACUUAUCUAAAGUGACCGCUCCAGUGUUCCUUCAUUACUCCGAUAGUGAUCCUUUAGCACACGUCAACGAUGUUGACAGACUGUUCCGGGAACUUGCUAGACCUACUAAGCUUAGAGUACCCAUGGCCUCCUUCAGCCAUGUCGACUUCAACUACGGUAUCAACGCCAAAGAAUUAGUUUACGAUAGGAUAAUUAAUCUUAUUAAAGCUAUUGACGCUAGUGUUUAG